AUGGCAGGACCCAAGUCAUCCGAGGAUGCGAAAUCUGGCCGCGUUUCUGCCUUGAUCGCUCGCGUCAAACUUGGAUUGAUGAAUAAAACACCCGUUUCAGCAGGGCCGUCGUCAAACCCAGCCGUAUCGAACAAACCAAACCCAGAGGCGCAGGCCAAGUCCGCUGAAAAUGCCCUGUCGAAUGGCGUGGCCGGGACAACCUCAUCUGAACGAGCGGGAAACGGAACCGCAGACGUUGGUAGCAAACCUACUCAACCGUCUACCGAAGCACAUGGUGAUGACGCAGCCUCUUUAAACGCUCAGCUCCCCAAGCAUCAACCGAUUAACAUUGCAGAAAACAAGCCAACCGAUCUGUGGUCUGAGGCGCUCGAGAAAACGCUCCCGGACACCAAAUCUUGGUUCGGAAAACUCGACAUCGAUCGCUCGAGUACCAUCCAAGUCAAAGAAUUUACGACAAUAGUCAGACAAAGCGAAGCCGCAUACAAGGAUGCCAGCGCAAGAUUGGAAAUCGACGGGCACAAGAUCCUGUGGCGGGACUAUGCAAAUCGAGUCGUGACUUGGGUGACUACGAUCGGCGACAUCGCCGUGCCAUUGGCCCCAGCGCCGGCUUCACCAGUAUGGUCGGCACUCAAAGUGCUCCUGAAGGCCGAAACUGGUCGAGUAGAGCAAAUCACCGCUGUCUUUGGCGCCGCCGACCGCAUUCUCAGUACCGUCAGACGCGGCCAAAUAUAUGAAGCUGUCUACGGCCUUUCUAGCGCGACUUUGAUAGAGCCCUCAAGAGUGCUCCUGAGAGAAUCUCUGAUUGAGCUCUACAGAUCCUCGCUGGACCUGCUUGCUUUGACAUUCAAUAAGCUUGGCGGGGAAGACAGUUGGGUAAAUCAAUUUCUCACGGCUCUCAUUGACCCGAACCGUGCGGAAUUGUUCUUAUCGGACCUGACGAACACGGAGAACGAAGCGUCGAAGAACGCAGGUGCUUGCGUUUGUGAGUCAACAGAGAGGAAUUUAGAGCUUUUGCAAAGUCUCCACAGUCCUCUAAGACGCAUCGAUGAUAGGGUCGCGCAGCUUCUGGAUGACUUCAAAGACAAGGAAAGACGAGACAGAGAGGAAGCCAUGAAUCGCAUCAGCGACGUUAAAGUUGACCAAAUCCAUGUUGCCAAGAAAGAAUUGAGAACCAAUGGGACUUGCGAAUGGCUUUUACAGCAUCCAAGGUUCCUUGCCUGGGAAGGGUCAAGCUGCUCGUCAAUCCUAUGGCUCAAUGGUCAGAUGGGAGCUGGGAAGUCUUUUCUCGUCUCUAAAGUGAUUGAUCGCUAUCGUACUCGUCCUCGCGAUGCGUUGGGAAAUGGUGAAGGAUUUGCCCACUUUUACUGUGACCGCUCACAAUCCGGCCAAAGAGACAUUCAAUCCAUUCUCAGCAGCUACAUCGUGCAGCUCUUUACAGUAUCCCGUCACCGCGACAUAUGGCACACCAAGCUUCGCGAGUUCUUCCUGGAUGCUUUGGAUGAGUGCGAGCAGAAAUCAAGAGCGCGGGUUAUAAGCUUCUUUCGGAAUUUAGUCGAAAACUCCGAUCGGCCCGUCAAGGUCUUCGUAUCCAGUCGCCCAGAAACAGAUAUUACUGAGUUGAUGGGCACAUCAAGUUUCAUCCAGAUCAGCACCACAGACAACCAAAAGGACAUUGAGAAAUACAUCGACUCCAAGCUCAGACAAGACGGCCUCAACCCUGUCUGGAAGAGACAGAGUGUGCAAUCGCUUGUGAGAAAUGCUCUUCUCGAGAAACAUGGUGGAAUGUUCAAAUGGGUUCAGCUGCAGUGGGAUCAGUUAGAACCGUUGAAUACAGUGGCCGACGUGAAGCAGCGACUGGAGCAGCUUCCAAAAGGCCUCGUGGCCUCUUACGAAGAGAUUUAUUCUCGGCAAGACGACCACGCCCUAAUGAUUCUCAUGAGAGUUUCCAUGUGGGUUAAAUGGGCCCGGUCACCGCUAGAUACAGCCAGUCUUCUCCAUGCUGUUCGGCUGUCGUUCAGUCAGACCGGAGAUCAGUUCAACCUUGCUUUGGACGAAGAAACCACGUCAGAGGCUGAAUUAGCCAAUAUCUGCCGCCAUCUAAUCAUUAAAGAAGACGGGUUUAACAAUGAGCGAUGGAAAUUUCCACAUGCCUCAAUCGCAGAAUAUUUCGAUGCUAAGCUCAACACUUGGACACACAACGCCGAACGUGACGUGGCAACAUUGUUGCUUUUACAGGCGUCUUUGACAACAGACCAGGCAGCUGAUCAAAACGAGGGAGAUAAUGCACCACAUAUGGUGGUGGAUGGCGCCAGCGACAUCGAUUUUUGCCAAUAUGCUACGAGAAAUUGGCUAAACUACGUUCGGAACAUAUAUAGAAAAUGCCCAGACACAAAGGAAAUUUCAGACGUUUUGAGGUAUUGUCUGAGCCUUGGUGAUACUGUCGACCCUUCGGGCUUUCAACACCAGACUUCUCUGACCGACAAAGAGACUCCGAGGAGAUUGCUGUCGUCGAGUUACCAUGGAGGCAUGUUUUCACAUUCCAACCCUAUCUUUGCGAUUUGCGUCUUAGGGUCUUUCGACUUACUGGAGUAUCUACACCUAAUUGGGGUUGACCUCAACCAGACGACAAAAGACGGCGACUCCUUGCUAUCCGUUGCUGCAAAGAGUGGGCACCACAAGCUUUGCGAAUUUCUCAUCGAUCAUGGGGUAGAAGUCAACGACCUGAAUGAGACUUCUGGCUGGUCUCCACUACAUCACGCGUGUCAAUUUGGGCAUUCGACCAUCGUCAAACUGCUUCUUGAGAAAAACGCGGACCCAAACUCCAGCAUUUAUCAUACACCUCUAUGCGUCGCUGCUCCUCGUCAAAGUAGUGACAUCGUUCUAUUGUUGUUGAAGUGGAAAGCAGACCCAAACAUUCCGUGCCAAGCCGGCGGAGCAAUGUGUUGUGCGGAGUCUGCUUUUUCCGUCGACGCCGACGAAACAUUCAAACAGCUUUUGAAACACGGAGCCAAUGUAGAACUCUUGACGGACAACAAUGUAACGGCUCUGGGAAAGGCAGUUCGUGACGGUGCAGUAAAAUGCACCCGAGUCUUCAUUGAAGAGCGCGGCUAUGAUGUGAAUAGCUCCGUGGGGAAAUUUUAUGGCAGCACGCUAGGAGCUGCUUUAUUCUGCAGGUCAAGAUUACAGCGGAGAAUGCUGGAUUAUUUGAUCAAAGAAGCAAAGGUUGAUCCGAACGUUCUCAUAUCCAGUCCUCCGAAACGUAGGAAGGUCGAUUCGUUCACGGAGCAGAUGCGGCGCCGAAAGCUGUCUCAGUACUUGGUGGAAGAGACAAAUUUGACGCUAAAGGACCUACGCCACAUCGGCUUCUAUUUCUGA